CAGUUGUUGAAUCUGGAUGAUCGAAAUAUGCCAGUGACCUGAUUCUGGGAAUGGAAUUUGUAUUUAAAUGUCUGGAGAUUUAGUGUUACAUAUUUAUGUUAUAUAUAGUUGCCCUUUCUCUACUCUUUAGACUAUCUCUUUUAAAUCACGCAGAGGCUGUUGGUUUUGGAUGGAUGCAAUGUGCAUGGUGUGAUUCACUACAGCAACAACUUGUUUGAGCCUCUCUAGUUAGAUUGGCAAAGGCCCGAACCAAUUCUGUUAUCAUUUUUCUGAAAACAAACUCAGAAUCACAAGCAUACGGACGAGUUCGAAAGGCACUUUAUUUUAGCUUUAUGCAGCAGCUUUUUUUUUGGCCUUGAAUGCAAACUCUUUCCUCUCAGCAGUAGUUAUUUCUGCAAGGCCUCUUUUUGUGCAAAUGGGGUUUUGCAUGUUGAGUGUGUUCAUUAUUAUUGGGGUUGCGGUGGUGGCUGUGAAAGUGGCUGAGGGGCAGAUAGUUCCGAUGCUGUGUGUGUUUGGGGACUCAGUGGUAGAUGUGGGAAACAAUAACAACCUGAAUACAAUGAUAAAGGCCAACUUCCUUACUCAUGGCAGGGAGUUUGUUACCCACAAACUUACUGGCAGGUUCUGCAAUGGGAAGCUUGCCACUGACUUCACUGCCGAGUACCUUGGUUUCAGCUCCUACCCCCCAACUUACCUCAGCCAGGAUGCCAAUGGAAAGAACCUCUUGACUGGCGCCAACUUUGCCUCUGGUUAUUUUGACGGCACAGCACAGUUCUAUGGUGCAAUUUCACUGAGCCAGCAGCUGGCAUACUACAAGGAGUACCAAGACGAAUUGGUGGGUACCAAGACGAAUGGAAUCCACCUAUUGAGUGCUGGGAGCAGUGACUUCCUUCAAACAAUUACUACUUCAAUCCUCUCCUCCAAGCCCUCUCCCCUGAUCAGUUUUCAGACCUUCUCAUCAGAUCCUUCUCUUCUUUUGUCCAGGCUGGGAGUGAGGAAAAUUGGAGUGACAACCGUACCACCAAUUGGGUGCUUGCCCCAUCACACUGUUUGGCUCAGGGAGUAACCAAUGCCUUGUCAGGAUGAACCAAGAUGAUGUCUCCUUCAACAAGAAGCUCAACAGCACAUCCUAAACCUGGCAGACCCUCCUUCCUGGUCUCAGACUUGUGGUGUUGGAUAUCUACCACCCUCUCCUGGACUUGAUCACAAAACCCACUGAGAAUGGUAAAAUUUUCCGGGAAAACUUCUUUCUUGGCAGGUAAUAUUUAUGAUAGAAACUGGGAACUGAUCCCAAGUUCAUUAUUCAAAACUCUCUGUUUUCAGGGUUCUUCGAAUCUAGGAGGGUUUGGUGUGGCACUGGAACAAUAGAAACUUCCAUGCUUUGCAAUGCAGGGUCUGUGGGGAUAUGCUCUAAUGCUACACAGUAUGGCUCUUACAUUGAAGUCGAUAUGAGAGAUACAUUGGAAGGAUUGAAUGAUGUGGUCAUGGUAAUUAAACUCUGAAAUCAUAGAUGAAUAAUGUUGAAGGUUUGGGUCUCUUGAAAUUUUUAUAUAUAGGGCAAUUAAAUUUUUAUACAAUUUUUUUUCAUAAAAAAGAUAAUCAAAAUGACAUACUAAUCACACAUCUCACUUUCCUUAUUUUGUUCUUUGAC